AUGGCCUCAUCAAGUGCUCACCGUGAUAUUGAGGAGGAGUUUGGGGGCAUUAUGCUGGAGGAUGAGGAGAUGGGUGGUUUGUCACUGGCAGCGGAGGAGGAGGAUGAGGGAUUUGAUGUCCGAUGGUGUCUAGUGGGUCGGUUUCUAAAUGCAGGGGUUAUUGACACCCAGGAGAUGCAACAUAUGAUGGCAUUUUUAUGGAAACCGGGCAAAGGCCUUUAUGUGAAGGAGCUUGGGAAAAAUCUGUUUCUGUUUCAAUUUUAUCAUGAAAUUGAUAUACAGAGAGUUAUUGCAGGGAGUCCUUGGACCUUUGAAAGGAAGCAGCUAAUCUUCCAUCGGCUUAGGGAGGGUGAUAAUCCUAGAUCGGUUUGUCUGAAUAAACUGGAUCUAUGGGUUCAACUCUUUGAUCUGCAGCAUGGUUUUCGGUCACAAUCAGUGGUUCAGAGUAUUGGCAACUAUGUGGGGCGAUUUGUGGAUUCUGAUAUCAACAACUUCUCUAGGGUUUGGCGUGAGUUCCUGCGGGUUCGGGUGACGGUGGACAUUGAUCAACCAUUGAAGAGGAGAAUGAAGAUCAGCAGGAAAGACAAUAAUGAAUGGUUUUGGGUUAAUUUCAAAUACGAGCAAGUCCCUACCUUUUGUUUCAUUUGUGGUAUCAUUGGCCACUCUGAAAGAUUUUGCCCAAAGCUAUUUGAUACUCCAUUGGAAGACAUUGAGAAACCGUAUGGGGUGUUUAUGAGAGUUGCUCCUAGACGCCAGAAGAACCUCAUAGGGGCUCAAUGGCUUCGGUCGGGUAAGGUGGAGCAGACUAGCCACGGGGCUGGCAGAGAUGCGGCAGGAGAGGCAGCGACUCCGACAGGGGCAGGGACGAGACCGACUCCACGACAUGCAGACUCGAGUUCACCCAUUCCAGAGACGAACUUGGGGCGGACAUCGCGGGAUUCGGCCGUUACUGGUGCGCGAUCCGUGGAGGAAGAUCCCGGGGGUGUUCAGGGGCGAUCUGGGGCGGAUUUUUCGGGGGAAGCCGGAACAGUCUCAGGCGUUAAUCUUGGGAGGGAAAAUCGGGCAUUGAUGAAGGAGGGAGGCUGA